UCCAGGCUCCCAGGCACUCAAACGCAACUGGACUUGUGGGGUCCCGCUGGGCGAGAAACCUAGAUCGAGGGCCCCACCCUCCCGGCCGAGCGGGGCCCCGCGCGCUGCACCGAGGCCCGGCUGGCCCCGCAGCCAUGCCGACCUACGGGGCUGCCUUUGCGCCCCCCGACCGCUUCGCCGUGUCUGCGGAGGCUGAGGCUAAGGUGCGGGAGCAACAGCCCCAAGUGCAGCGCAUCUUCCGCGUGAGCAUGAGCGUCCUCCCCAAGGACUGCCCGGAGAACCCUCACAUCUGGCUGCAGCUGGAGGGUUCCAAGGAGAACGUCGGCAGGGCCAAGGAGUUCCUCAAGGGCCUCUGCAGCCCAGAGCUGCAGAAUGAACUCUACUACCCACCUGAACUGCACUGCAUCUUCCUGGGAGCUCAGGGCUUCUUCCUUGAGUGCCUGGCCUGGAGCACAGCUGCCCACCUGGUGCCUGGCGCACCUGGCUCACUGAGGGUCAGCGGCCUGACUGAGGCCUUUGUCAUGGUUCAGAGCCGAGUGGAGGGGCUGGUGGAGCGGCUGAGCUGGGACCUUUGGCCUGGGCCAUCCCCUGACACCCCUCAGUAUGCUGCAGUGCUGAGGGACUUCUCUGCACUAAUUCAGCCACGGGCAGAUGCCCACAGAGAGGCCUUGCUUCAGCUGCCCCUGGCUGUCCAGGAGGAACUGCUGAGCCUGGCGCAGGAGGCAUCCAAGGGGCAGGGACCCCGUGCUUCUCCCUUCUUGGAACUGGGAAGCCCAGGAGUGCUUGGUGCUCACUCCCCAGGAGUCAGAGCUCCCCUGAAAGCAAGUGGGGAUUCUCUGGACAUUGGGCUUCCAGGGCAGCGAGAAGGAUGGGCAGUGGAGAAGGAGCAAGGGAACCAGGAGAUCAUCAAGGGAAUCAUGGGCUGGAAAGAGCAGUGUGGGGAAGAGGCCCAGGGGAGGGAUGGGGGGUUCAGGUCCCAUUCAGCGUUAUCCCUGAAAGGGAAGGCCAUGGGGAAGGAAGGUGUGCCCGUGGAGGGGGGUGCGGUCUGUGUCCAGGCUGAGCCCCCUGGUGCCCCUGGGCCCUGUCUGAGGGCAGCUCAGCCCCGGGGACCUUCUGUCCGCCAGCGGCUGCACACUGAAAAAACUGCAUCUCCCAGAGUAACCAGCCCUUCACCAGCCCUCGAACCUCUGUGGCAUACUGCAGACCAAGGGGGCCAAGGGGACUGGGGAGAUAGGCAGCAGAGUGGGCUUCCAGUUAAGGGAUCUCCCUCGAAAGGCACCAGAGGGAGCAACUUGGUGACUGGCACUCAGCGCUUCCAGGAGGCCUUGCAGAGCCCCUUCACCCUUUGCCUUGCUAAUGUGCCCGGCCAGCCGAACCUCCGCCAUAUUGUCAUCGAUGGCAGCAAUGUGGCCAUGGUCCAUGGUCUUCAGCACUACUUCUCCAGCCGGGGCAUUGCCAUUGCUGUGCAGUACUUCUGGGACCGGGGUCAUCGGGACAUAACUGUGUUUGUGCCUCAGUGGCGCUUCAGUAAGGAUUCGAAAGUCAGAGAGGGGCAUUUCCUGCAAAAGCUGUACUCUCUCAGCCUGCUCUCUCUCACUCCCUCCCGAGUCGUGGAAGGCAAGAGGAUUUCCUCCUAUGAUGACAGAUUCAUGGUGAAGCUGGCUGAAGAGACCAAUGGCAUCAUUGUCUCCAAUGACCAGUUCCGGGACCUGGCAGAGGAGUCUGACAAGUGGAUGGCGAUCAUCAGAGAGCGCCUGCUGCCCUUCACUUUCGUGGGCAAUCUCUUCAUGGUCCCUGAUGACCCCUUAGGGCGAAAUGGCCCCACCCUGGAGGAUUUCCUGAAGAAGCCAGUCAGGAAGCAGAAGUCUGCUAAGGCUCAGAAUCCUUCCAGGAGCAAAACAGAACAUGGUCCUCAGUGGCAGGAGAAAGAAGAGGUAAAAGGCAAUGGUGGCAUCCGGAAGAACCGGGAGACUGAGCGGCUCAGGAGGCUGCUGUUGGAGGUGUUUUUGGGCCAGGAUCACAAGGUGGACUUCGUCCUGCAGCGGGAGCCCUAUUGUCGGGACAUCAACCAGCUCUCUGAGGCACUGCUCAGUCUUAAUUUCUGAACACCCCCUGUACUGGUCCUGCCCUGUGCCACUGGACCAUACCCACAAUGGCUCUGACUGAUGGUUUGCCUGAGGAGCACCCUGGCCUGGCUGAGAAAUGCUUUGCCUGGUCCUGACUCUGAGACAAUGGUUCUGAAGCCCUCACCCUGUCUGUUCACUUUCCCCACACUAUGCUGCACAGGAGAAUGCAUAGAUGUGGGACACUCAGGCUCAGUCCUGGGAUCAGGGCUCCUUAAAGGGACCUCAUGUCCUCUUCAGGCAGGGCCUCUCCUAGCUCACAGGAGGCGCUACUGAGCUUAUCUCCCCACCUUGCCUCUGCAUGGGCUUUUCUAUGGGGAUGGUUCAUUGGGGCUGUCAGAAAGACCAGACCCUGGAGAUUAAGACUGGGUGCUCUUUCAUGCUAAGUGGGAUGGAGGCAAGGUGGGCAGUGGGUACUGAACCUUUCUUCCUGCUGGCUGUGGCUUGACUGCAUCAAGGCCUUAGCCAGAGUUCUUGGAAUAGGCUGGGCAGGCUUACGCCCUGAAUGGUUGGCAUCCCGGGACCUGAGGUGGCUGAUGGUGGUAAAGGUGGAAGGAGACUUGGCUUCUGGUCUUCACUC